AUGCCUCCCCGAGCCUCCUUGUUGAACCACGAAGACACCUCGCUCGAAGAUUUCCGAACGUCGGAUGUGAUUUUCGGAACCCGAGGCAAUGGUGGCAACUCUUCUUUCCUCCUCCGGUUGGAAGAAACCGCUGAUCAUUACAGCCGUCUUUCCAAGUACGAAAAGAUGGAAUGUAUCAAGACCAUCAUCGCUGACUGGCACGGCCGCUUCUUCAUCAUUACUCCUGAUGGAAGCUGUUCGCAAGUUUACGACUUUGAAGCACCCCCUUCGAGCAAACUGUACACAUCUGUACGACGCAUGAUGAACUAUGUCAUCAAGAAGAAGUCUGCGACUUCAACGUCUCAAGGAAGGCAACGAGUGACCAACUCAAGAGAACGCAAGCGAUUGCGACGCAUCAAGGUGUUGGAACGAGUUCCAGUCCAUCAUGUGCAAGUACAAGAUUACAGCGAGGACGAAGCCUCGGACAUUUCUGUUGGCUAUGAAGAACAGACCCAUGAUCUUCGGCCACAACCAUCCUUUGCUGUCCGGCGAAUUGCCAAGCUAGAGGAUUCGGCAGUUCAUGCGCUUGUAUCCUUGCUCCGCUGCGCGCAAGACUGA